CCGGAGGUGGGUCGCGCAUGCGCAGUACGGCGGAGGUGGUGGCAGCAUGCGGCGGCGGGCGCUGGCGUUAUGGGCGCUGCUGUGGUGGCUGGAUCCCGCCAUGGCGGGCGGUCCCGCAGAUGCCAAAUGGAAAACAAUAACAGACCAAAUUAAGAAAGCUGUGGAAGUCUAUAAGCCAUGUGUAAAGGAGAAUUGCAGCUGCCACCAAAGUGUCUGGAAGCAGGACCUGGCUCCUUUUCAAGGUGGCAUUUCCAAGGAAAUAAUGUCAGAUGUGGUGAGCCGGAAGCUCGGGACACACUACCAGAUCAUUAAGAACAAAUUGUACCGUGAGCAGGACUGCUUAUUCCCUGCAAGAUGCAGUGGAGUUGAGCACUUCCUUCUGCAGAUCAUCAACCGCCUCCCUGACAUGGAAAUGGUGAUCAAUGUGCGAGACUACCCCCAGGUCCCCACAUGGAUGAAACCCAUUAUCCCAGUCUUCUCCUUCAGUAAGACAUCCGAUUACAAUGAUAUCAUGUAUCCUGCCUGGACAUUUUGGGAAGGAGGACCAGCUGUUUGGCCAAUUUACCCAACAGGUUUAGGGCGCUGGGACCUCAUGAGAGAGGACCUUAGAAGAUCUGCAGAAAAAUGGCCAUGGAUGAAAAAAAUCUCUAAAGGAUAUUUCCGAGGAUCCAGAACGAGCCCUGAGAGAGAUCCACUCAUUUUGCUGUCCCGAGAAAACCCAGAACUCGUUGAUGCUGAGUACACCAAAAACCAGGCUUGGAAAUCUGAAAAGGAUACAUUAGGAAAGCCUGCUGCAAAGGAAAUUCCCCUGGUUGAUCACUGCAAAUACAAGUAUCUGUUCAAUUUCCGGGGAGUGGCUGCCAGUUUCCGGUUGAAACACCUUUUCUUAUGUGGUUCACUUGUCUUUCAUGUUGGAGAAGAGUGGUUGGAAUUCUUUUAUCCGCAGCUGAAGCCUUGGGUCCACUACAUCCCAGUCAGAUCGGACCUCUCUGAUGUCAGGGAGCUGUUGCAGUUUGUAAAGGAAAAUGAUGCCAUAGCACAAGAAAUUUCAGACAGGGGACGCCAGUUCAUCACUGAGCACUUGCAGAUGGAGGAUGUCUCUUGCUACUGGGAGCAUCUGCUUUCUGAAUAUUCCCAAGCCUUGACUUACAAAGUGAAAAGGAAGAAGAGCUACAGUGAGAUUGCUCCUGAACGGCUGAAAACAGAACUGUAGGGACUUUUCUGUUUCUUCUUUUUUUUCAGGCUUCUUCAACUCAGACUGAUGUCUCUGGAAAUCUGAAGAUCAGUGUAUCUUCUUUCUUGUUCACUCAGACUUCUUAUUCUUUACUCUAGAACUGCAGAGAGGAGCAGUAGGCUGCUGAAAUCACUCCCAUACAGUGGGACCCAGUUGUACUGUUGCUGGAAGAUUGUUUAGUACAGUGUUGGAUGAUGAUAGCUAUUGAAUGGGGCGGUUAUGGUCAUGCCUGGAAGACGGUUGUUAGCAUCUGGGACUUAGUUACUUACCUGCCUCAGAAUGAUCCUAAAGCCUAUGCAGUCAUGAGAAACCUUUCUGUGAAUUUUACUGGACUUUUUACCAAGUUUUCUGUACUUGUGGGCAAGACAACAACUGUCAGUGGCAGUCAGGAGAUACCUGCCCCUUUGGCAAACAGUCAAUGUUUUCUCAUCUGUGAGGGUAUUAAUACUCAAGGUAUUAGGUGUUCUCUGACAAAAGCAUGUACUGGGAUUUGGGUUCACCUUUUUGUGUAGCUUAGAGCUUAAUGUUUAUAUUAGGUUUUAGAGGUGGUUUAGAGGUUGAUGGUGUGAUUUAAACCCAGCUGGUAACUCAGAAGCAUGCAGCUCUUUGCUCACUCUCCCCCUUCUUGCCCCACUCUGGGCACAAUAAGGAGGAGAACUGAAAUAAUGUAAACCCCACGGGUUGAGAUAAAAACAGUCCAGUAACUGAAGUAAAAUAUAAAACGCCUACUACUAAUGAUAAGGGAAAUAACAAGGGGAGAGAAUAUAACACUAAAAAGAGAUAGGAAAAACAAUGAGCACAAGAGAUGCACAAUACAGUCGGUCACCACCCGUCCACCAAUACCCAACCCUUCCCGAGCAGCGAUUGGUCCCCUCUGGGUAACUCCGCCCAGUUUCUGUCCUGGGCAUGAUGUGCUGUGGUAUGGAAUACCCCUUUGGCUAGUUUGGGUCAGGUAUCCUGGCUCUGCUUCCCCUGCUUCCUGUGCCUCUUGUCACUGUCAGAGCAUGAGACUGAAAAGUCCUUGAUCUGGUUAAGCGCUGUUUGGCAGCAACUAAGCCAUCGGUGUGUUAUCAGCAUUGCUCUCAGACUAAAGCCAAAACAACAGCACUGAACAAGGAAGGAGAAAAAUAACUUGCAGCUGAGCCCAGGACAGAUGGCAAGGCUUUGACAUGCCAUUGAAGGGAUGAGUGGUCCUUGGACAGUUAAACUACCUACCUCACAGGGGAGCAGACAGUGAUGUUAACAUUACACAGUGCUGAGCCUGAGUAGCACAGUCAGGUGACUGGCAACUGAGAGAAAGAUGGUUUGUCCUCCCAACAGAUGAGCUGGGUGCCCAAACAGCCAUGCAGAACUGAGCCUCUUGUACAAGCUCCCACUGGUUGACUGGCCUUAAGGUCAGCAUCCAAGGACCCUGAAGAACCCAGAGAAAGGAUAUGCAGAGGUGGAUUCAGCUUUUAUUUUUUCCAAGUGUUCACAGAUUCUCUGCUCUGAUCCCUUCUGCAGUCAUUCUAGGGUUGCUUUUGGUUGGGUUUUUUUUGAGGCUGGUAGCAAUUCUGCUCACUUCAGUGUUUGCUUUUCCUCCCCACAGCCUCCUUUUUUUCCUCUCCUUCAGUCUGUUUGAAGCAAUGUCUCCAGUCACACAGUGGCAGCUACUCCUCACAACUCAUUUUGAGUUCAGUCAUAGAUUGCUUGCAUGUACUGUAUUUAUGCCCACUGCAGGCUGAUCAGCCAGAGGGAGUGCAAUAUUUGAGAUUCUCUGCAGCCCCUGAGUUGAAGGGCCUGAAGGAAGCAGCAUCUUCUCUGGCAUCCAGGCAGGUGCUCAGAAGAGCAUGGGUGGCAGCAGCAUGGGAUUGCAGGAGGGCUGCUGCCUCCCAGGUGAGCAUCCUUGAUAAAGUGGCCUCAAGGCUCAAGCAUGCUAGUGAAAGAGAGGGACUGCCACAGCUCACAGCUUCCUCUGCUGUCAGUUUGGAUCUGGGGAGAAGAAAACACUACGAGGAACAGUAAUGCCAAGCACACCUGCACAGGUAUGUGCUCACACAGUGAGAGGCCUGGCAGCACUGCCAGGCCCCAGUGCAGGGGUUUAACUGCUCCAGUGCUGGUUCAACAGGGGUCAAGGUACUAGAAUGGCCUGGUUUCUGGGGAAAAGAGCUGUGCAAGAGUGAAAAGGGCUUUCUGGGUUUGUAUUUUUAGUCACUGGAGAGAGAAUCACAGAAUACCAGGUUGGAAGGGACAUUGAGGAUCAUCUGGUCCAAUCUUUCUAGGCAAACGGCAUCACUUCCCUGGGGAGAUUAUUCCAGACAACAUUCUGAAAUGGUUAUGUAUGGUAUUUUUAGUCCUUUUAUAAUUAAGUGCUUUUGGAAUAAAACGAAGUUUUGUUGGACUCAUCA